UCCGCGGUCCUCUACUUGGGUAGACGUGAACCGGAGCCACCUGCUAGCGUGACUUACCCACCGGCCUAUCUCUACUGGAAGUCUGUGUGCUAUGUGGAGCCGCAGGCACGGCCCACGACUGCUCGACGUGUUACCAGCUUUCGUGCAACCAGUCUCACCAAGUCUGACAAGGACAAGGAAUUUCGAAUUUCUGUUCCGCGUGCCCUCUUCGGUAACCUCUUCAACCCAAACCAGCCGGAGCAAUCGCCGUUCAUUGCCAUUCGACACCAUCUCCUCUCCUUUGGCACUCCAUUUGAUGGUUUCUACGCCAAGACAGGUCACUUGGAGUGGACUUUUGUGUUGAGUAUAGGUGAACCGCCGCCGCCGAGCUCGCUCACACUAUACCCACGCCUCUUCCUACCCCUUCUUAUACCUGUCUUCGCCAUUGUAUUGAGCCUGCUGUACCUCUUCGUUGCCAACCGCUAUCUCCCACCGGCGCAGUCUCCCGAAGACGAAGUCACACGCCCCCUGAUAGCGGACCUGCAGGGUGAAGAGGUCUACAGAUCAACUGGCACAAUCCAUGACGCAUCUGUGCUGACACCACCAUCCCUCUACGUUAAUGAUUGGUGA